GUUUCCUUUUUUUAUUCUCCGAAAAAUUUCAAAAUUUUGGUUUUCAAAUUACCCAUUGAAAGAUAAUGUGCAAUUAGAAAGGUAAAAGAAAUUUUUGAUCAAGUGGGCAUGUAUAUUUACACGGAUAUAUGAAAAAAAAUUUUUUUUCUAUCAAAAUUUUUGUGAAUGAAGAUAAUUACAGAAAAUAUCCCGCAAAUUUAGAAAACGUAUCAAAAUUUUGGGUAAGGUAAAUUAUUUGUCAAAUGCCAAUAGAAGGUGUACGCGGUUCGAUUAAGGAAAAGAAAAUUAUUUAUUUAUCUAAUUAAACGAUUUUUUAAAACCCUACUUUAUGGUUAAAAUUUGUUUAAUCACAAAAAGAAAUGAAGCGUGGGGUCCAAGUCAUGCAGGAAGCUCUAAAGGCUACCAGAAAAAUAAUAAAUAAAAAUGGACCUAGUACGGUAGUUAAUAAGUCAAUUGAAUCGAAUACAAGCAAUUUAGUGUCCACAAACAAUAUAGGUGAUGCCAGACACCUUACAGCGCGGAUGUGUAGCAACAGUAGUACGGUGGGUGGAAGCAAUCUAGUUAAGAAGUGGCACGAGUUGCAUAAACAAGAAAUUGUAAAAAAUUUAGCAAAGUCAGCUGACGACAUUGACCGCAUUUAUGGACCGAAAAUAAUUGCUAGAAAUAUCUUAGCAUAUAACACUGGCAAGAGUAAAAAUGAAGGGAAUAUCAGGAAAGUUGAUAACCGUGCAGACAAAAAACCCAACCAAACUGUGUGUAAGUUAAAUAAGGUUGCCGAGAAGCUUUACGUUCAAAAGACGUACCAACCAGAAAAACCACGUUCGGUUGAGGUUCCUAUGGCACAAACUCAAACAAUCAAUAAAGACCCAGUAAUGUCAGGAAAUUUACGAAGAAGUAAUUCGGACUCGACACUUUCAAAACUUCAUUCCACAAAGACGAAAAUGGAAUCAUCCGGGCCUGUACGUAAAGCUCAAUCGACAUUUCCGCUUACGUGUAUGAAACCUAAGUAUACGUAUGGCCAUUACUGUCAACACUGCACAAUGAUGAGUAACAUACGUAGAAGGACACCACGUCAACAAAGCGAGUUUAGAGCCGCCAUUAACCCGGAAAGUUUUGAUUUUUCAGAGAAACUCUUCGGCACAAUCAAAACGCAACGAUACUAAAUGUACAAAAAAUAUUCAAACGCGACCGGUGCCAACAAUUUUUUCAUCAUCGUUGCGUGCGAAUAUAUUCUGUGAAUGAUGUCGACGAGAAAAUGAUUCACGACUAACCGUCCAUCUAUAUAUAUUACACACAGAACCGUAACAAAAUUAGGUGAAACAUAGUGAUCUGCAGCUGAUGUGCUUAGGAGAAAACAUGAUCAAAACGUUACCAAGCUCAGUUCACAGUACCUAUCAUAAAAAUUGUGUCAAGAGUGGUGUCACUUCAGAAACCCAUCUAUCCGUAGCUAAAAAUUGAGAUUGAAAGUCCUGAAAUUCAUUUUGUCACUGAAGCACUAAAGACUGCAGCGAGUGAAGCAUAUGAGGUGUUUCUUGAUUUACAUCCGUUAAAAAGAAUAAAGAAAUGCAGUAGAAGAGAUGAUUGCUUUCACUCUACAUAUCACCUCUUGCGUUUUUAGAAUACAACCAUAAAAGGAUUCUAAGCACAGUGACAGUGAAGAGGACUGCAGACCGGACAAUCAUUUUAAAGCCAUGCAAAAUACUUCCACUGCGCCCUCCAAAUUGUAAAAUAUUGUAUUGCGUAUAAAGCAUAAUGAUGGAAAUUCGGUGAGUGGUCCUUUCGUGAAUUUUAAUAGUUAUGACAACAGAAAAGAUUACAUAAAAAGAAAAGAUAUAAGAUGUUAAAAUCACAACGGUGAUUACAACAAAAUAAUAUUUGUCCGCAUACGACCGUUACACUGUAAAAAAAGACUGCAAGCCAGAAAUGAAAUAAAAUAUUAAAAAUUACU